UGACGUCAGUCACAUAACAUUACUUGUUCAUUGUAUUCAGUGAUAAGGUGUUUUAUCGAAUUGUUGUCGAUUUCUGCGCAGUUAAUCAACUAUAUUAUUUGAAUUAUAAUAAAAAUGCCUCGACGAGGACGUUCUGCAAGUCCCCCACCUGCGCCACAAAGAAGGGCUGCACCACCGCCAAGCCAUGUCCCGGCUCGUGCUCCUCCAUCGAGCGUAGCACCAACACAAGCUCAACCCCAGCAGCCUUCCCUUUUCGGGCAGAUGGCUGCUACAGCCGGCGGAGUAGCAGUGGGAUCAGCAGUGGGUCAUGUGGCUGGUAGUGCUUUGACUGGAAUGUUCAGCGGUGGUAGCAGCAGUGAGCCAGCACAGCCUCAGCAACAGGCCCCAGCUCAGACCUAUCAACAGUACCAGGGCCAGCAGCCCCAGGGUGCUUGUGCUUGGGAGAUUAAGCAAUUCAUAGAAUGUGCACAACAACAACACGAUUUAUCUCUAUGUGAAGGCUUCAAUGAGGCUUUACGUCAAUGCAAAGUUAACAAUCACUUGUAAAAUAAAACAAUAAGGUGUUCUAUUUAUUAAUGUAGAAUGGUUUUCUCUAUUAGAAAUUAAUUGUACAUAACAUGGCCAAAACAAUUUAGUCAUAUUAGACAUUUUUCCUUUAGUCCACAGAAAAUGGAACACCUUACUAGUAAUUUUUAUAAUUUUAAUUAGAUGAAUGACAAGGACAAGGGUACAUUUUUCUUUUAGAAAAUUUUAGUUCAAUAAUUGUUACAUUUAUAAAAUAUUAUGAUGUAAAAUUUAAUUCUUUAUAACAAUGUAAACAUUUGUGUUGAUUAAUUUUUAGUGACAAAUAUAUUCAGUAAAUA